AUGCUUCACAGCCGGAAGAGUCGGUGCGACAUGCUUGAAGUAGGUCUUCAGGCCGAAAAAGAGGCUCAGGGCCCGGUGGGCGCACAGGGCCCUGUAGCUGAGGAGGGGGCCACUGCCUCCUCGCUCUCUCCUUUGACCGGGGGCACCGCAGACACCGCGCCUGCUGCUGGAGCGCGAAGUGUUCCCCAGCGUUCGCAGAGAGCCCGCUCCUCCUCCAUGGCCAUCGAAGCCACUGCACUGAGCAAAUCAAAUGAGCGCUCCGGCAGCCAAGAAGAGGGUGUGAGCACUGAUGUGCUAAACAAGAAGGUGGCUGAACUGGUGCAGUUCUUAAGUGUCAAGUAUGUAAAACAGGAGCCCAUCACAAAGGCAGAAAUGCUGAGGAAUGUCAUCAAAGAGCACGAGGGUCACUUCCCUGCAAUCUUCAGCAAAGUCUGUGAGUGCAUGGAGAUUGUCUUUGGCAUUGAAGUGAAGGAAGCGGACCCCGCCAGCCACUCCUAUGUGCUCGUGAAGGCGCUAGACCUCACCUACAACGGGAUGCUAAGUGAUGACCAGGGCACGCCCAAGACCGGCCUCCUGCUACUUAUCCUGGGUGUGAUCUUCAUGCAGGGCAGCCGUGCCCCUGAGGAGGACAUCGGGGAAGUGCUGAGUAUUAUUGGGGUGUAUGCUGGGCAGGACGAUUUCAUCCACAGGGAGACCAAGAAGCUCAUCACCAAAGAGCUGGUGGAGGAAAAGUACCUGGAGUACCAGCAGGUGCCCAACAGUGACCCUCCACACUACGAAUUCCUGUGGGGUCCAAGGGCCUACGCUGAAACCAGCAAGCUGAAAGUCCUGGAGUUUUUUGCCAAGAUCAAUGAGACUGACCCCACUGCGUUCCCACCCUGGUAUGAGGAAGCUUUGAGAGAUGAGAAAGAGAGAGCCCAGGCCAGAGCUGCCGUGGGGGCUCAUACUUCUGCCAUGACCAGUGGCAGCUCCAGUGUCAUGCCCAGCAGCCUCUCCUGCCCUGAGUGA